CCACGAUUUCCGAGCAGGUGCAGCCACUCAAGACACAACCCUAUACAUAACAAGGGAAGCCAACCCAACCACCGCAUCCCGUGUCGAGCUCAAACCCAACGCGUCUAACACGUGCGUCACCCGUCCCCAUUUCCACAGCCAGCGCAGCGGCCGCACCAGCUCGAUCUCGCUCGCGACCGCCGUGCCUAACGCCGGCGCCCGCGCAUGGAGGCAACCGCAACGUCCUACCCGGUGGCGCGGGACGCGCCGCCGCGGCCGGCGCCGCAGACGGCGCAGCUGGGCGGCGGCCCGGCGCCGCAGAGCGGCGGGUGGGCGCGCUGGGCGCUGUGGACCGUCGUGUUCCUCGUCCUCACCGCCAGCUUCGCGUGGGGCGUGUACCAGUCGCGGCACCGGCCGCGGAGCCUCGCCUUCGUCAUCGCCACCUACUACCUCCUCGCCGUGCUCUACUGCUGCCUCGGGAAGCUGAGCCUCCUUCGCCGCGACGACCCGGCGGCGGCGCCCGAGCGGCGCCGGGUCAGGCUCGCCGUCUGGGUCGUCUCCGUGGCCUUCGCCAACGUCAUCGCGGCGCGCGUCGCCGACUCGAUGGAGGACCGGUGGCUCCGGAUCGCCGUCUGGGUGAUCCUCGCCGUCGGCAUCGGCGUCGGCUUCUACUUCUUCUUCAUCCGCGAGGGCGCCCGUGACCGCGAGGUCGCCGGACGGCGGCAGGAGACGGAGCUCCACCAGGUGUCCCCGGAGCAAAGGGUCUGAGCUCUCAGGUCAACUUUGCCAUGUAUGGGAAUGCAAGUAGCAGUAGCCAUUGCUUCGUUUUUUUUUAAUUAUGUACUCCGUAUAAAUUUUAUUUUUGAAGCUUAUUUUUCGGUAAACUGCUGUGUGGCUGUCAGUCGACACUCAACGACUGGCCAGGAUUCUUUGACAUCCUAGACGUGUGGGGCCGCAGAGCAACUGUCCCACAUGUCAGUGACUCUAAGUCGCAUCAGCCAAUCUCAACGCCGUACACGUUGAAACAAUUGUUUUCUUUUGCUGUAAAGUUUGACCGACGAUUGUAUCUAUUCGACCACGUUUUUUUUUU